AUCCACUUUCGGUACAAAGAAUCGGCCAACGUGGGGCAGCUUUACAAAGUGCAAAGACGAGUCACAACCCAGUUGAGUUUUUUUUUUUUUUUCACACGAACGACACGUGUUUUGUUACAGGAAACCGCAAUUUCGCUUAAAAAAAAAAACCAAAAUCGCGUACAACCCUUCCGCUAGCAUGUUUUGAUGGUAUCGGAUUAAAAAAUGGCGGCAACGAGACGGUUACGCGACCUCCAAUCACAGCCAGGUAACAAAACUUGCGUCGAUUGCAACCAAAAGAAUCCCCAAUGGGCUUCGGUUUCCUACGGUAUUUUCAUGUGCUUAGAGUGCUCCGGUAAACACCGUGGCUUAGGUGUCCACAUCUCAUUCGUCCGAUCCGUUACCAUGGAUUCAUGGUCCGAGAUUCAGAUCAAGAAAAUGGAGUCGGGUGGUAACGAGCAGCUCAACUCUUUUUUGGCCCAAUACGGGAUCCCUAAAGAAACCGAUAUCGUGACCAAAUAUAACACCAAUGCUGCCAGUAUUUAUCGCGAUCGUAUCCAAGCCCUAGCCGAGGGCUGUCCCUGGCGGGAUCCACCCGUUGUAAAGGAGACUCUCAAUGGAGGUGCUGGUAGUAGAAAGCCGCCGUUGAGCGGUGGCGGUGGUGGUGGCAGAGGCAGUAAUUAUUCGAAUAAUGGAGGGUGGGAUAGUUGGGACAAUGACGAUUCGUUUAGAUCUUCAAGCGAUAUGAGGAGGAAUCAAUCGGCGAGUGAUUUUAGAGGAGGGAAUAUUCAUGGUGGUGGAAUGGGAGGUGCUCCGGUGAGGUCGAGGUCCACGGAGGAUAUGUACACGAGAUCCCAAUUGGAGGCCUCAGCGGCAAAUAAGGAGAGCUUUUUUGCGAGAAAGAUGGCGGAGAAUGAAUUGAGGCCUGAAGGGCUGCCACCUUCACAAGGAGGAAAAUAUGUUGGGUUUGGAUCGAGCCCUAUGCCUACCCAGAGGAAUAAUAAUUCUGAGGGGGAUGUGCUCUCUGUUGUUUCUCAGGGGAUUGGGAGGCUGUCUUUAGUAGCUGCAUCCGCAGCAGAAUCUGCUGCCAAUGCUGUCCAAGCAGGAACGAAGGAGUUCACCUCAAAGGUUAAGGAAGGCGGCUAUGAUACCAGGGUUAACGAAACUGUCAAUGUUGUCACUACAAAGACAAGUGAGAUUGGCCAGAGGACAUGGGGGAUUAUGAAAGGGGUCAUGGCAAUAGCUUCACAGAAGGUUGAGGAGUACACUAAGGAUGGCUGGAAAAAUAAUAACUGGCAACGAAAUGAUAGCGAGAAGAAUGGAUAUUAUCAGGAGUUUAAAAAGGAGAAUAAAGGAUGGAAUUCUACUACUGGAGGACAAUCCUCUUCUGGUGGGAAUUAUAAUUCUUAUAGCUCAAGUUCUUGGGAUGACUGGGAUGCAAAAGACAAUAGGAAGGAAGAUAAUACAAAAGUGACUGCUUCUCAUAGCAAUGAUGGUUGGGCUGGCUGGAAUGAUGCCAAGGAUGAUGGAUGUGAUCAUUUUUAUAAUGGUGCAUCUGACAAAAAAGCUGUUGGUCACAAUGGAAAGUCAGAUGCCACAUGGACGGGUGGAGGCUUUCUUUAAGGUUGAACUCUGAAUGAUGUUACAGUUAUCAGUACCUUACCCACAAAAAAUAAUUAGCACACAAUUGAUACCUGCUGGGAUGACGCACGCAGGGGAUGGGUAGAACUUUUUCUACCUUAGCACAGCUGGUAAGAAAAAUUGUUUGUGAAUUAGAUCUCCAAGUGGAAGGGGGGAUGCUUUUCAUGAAGUUAGUAUAUCUUUAGCAACCCUUUUGCCCCUUUUUUCCUUUUUUUUUUUUAAUCUUUAAUAAUUUUACUUUGUAAUUGUUUGGGUAAGUUUCGUGUUUGAUGGUAGUUUAUAUUUGUAAAACCGUGGAUGGAAAGGGCUAAUUGCACGGUUGGAAAUAGGAGUAUAGGACUGUUGUGAGUGAUGGAAAUAGGACUGUCGUGAGUGAGGAAACA